AUGCAAGCAAUGGGGUUAUCAGUUCCAGUUUCAGUUCCAUUUUACCAUUCCAGAUUAUGCAUGAAUAAUGCCUCUCCUCAUCCACCCAUUCCCCUCAAUUUGAAUCAUGGCUUUUCCAAAUCACUUACAUUCAGGGACAGACUAACUCGUGGGAAGAGUAGCCAUGUCAUUCGUUCCCAAAAGAAUCGUGACGAUGAUGGUGAUGUCGAUGGAUUUUACAUGAGGAAAAGCGUUGAGCUCGCCAGAAAGGCUUUGGGGUGUACAAGCCCCAAUCCUUUAGUUGGAUGUGUUAUUGUCAAAGAUGGUCAAAUUGUUGGCCAAGGUUUUCAUCCUAAACCUGGUCAACCUCAUGCUGAGGUGUUUGCUCUCAGAGAUGCUGCUGAUUUGGCCGAGAAUGCAACGGCCUAUGUCACUUUAGAACCUUGUAAUCAUUUUGGGAGGACUCCGCCUUGCACUGAAGCUCUCAUUAAAGCUAGACUUAAAAAGGUUGUUGUUGGGAUGGUGGAUCCAAAUCCUAUCGUGGCUUCCAAAGGUUUAGAUAGAUUGAGAGGUGCUGGAAUUGAAGUUGUUGUUGGUGUUGAGGAAGAAUUGUGUAAGGGCCUCAAUGAGGGUUAUAUUCAUCACAUGUUGACCCAGAAGCCUCUGCUUACUUUGAGGUAUUCUCUUUCUGUCAACGGAAACUUGUUGGACUCACUUGGGAAUGGAGUAACUCACUCUGGUGGAUACUAUUCUAGGCUAUUACAAGAAUAUGAUGCAGUUAUAUUAUCCUCUUCUUUAUUCCGUGAAACUAUAUCGGUCGACUCCGUACCUUCAUCUCAAGAACCUGGAGCCAAUCAACCCAUUCGGUUUAUAAUGCAUAGAGAUUCUGAUUGUAUAACAACACCUCCUGAAGAGACUCAACAGGGAAUUAAAACUGUAUCUGUGGAUCAAAUAAAUCUUGACGUGAUCUUGGAUUAUUGUAAUCAUCAAGGAUUGUGCAGUGUUCUGUUAGAUAUGAGAGGGAAUUUCAGUGAAUAUCAAGAGCUUGUUAAGGAGGGUAUUAAGAAGAAGUAUAUCAAUAAAUUUGUGACAGAAAUUUUGCCACUUUGGAAUGGAUGUAAUCAGAAUGAUCCUUUGUCGCCAUUCAAGAACUUAGAUCAAGGAGUAAAAGUGGAAAAUUUACGCCCCAUGGCAUCUGCUCAAAGUGUUGUUAUUGAGGGAUAUUUGAAUUUUAAUUAA